CUACGCUAGUUCCCCACGUCAUAUCGUCAUAUCGUCGAAUCCCCAGGUCCCCAGGUCAGCCUUUAUCGGGCUCGAGGGUAAGGCCGCAAGAUGUCACAUGAGCAACCACAUGGACACUCGUACUAUGGCGGAUAUGAUCAGAAUUAUGACCCAGGUACAUACAGCAGAGGCUUUGCGCAACAUCGCCAGGCGCCGGCCUUGAAGCACACCCCACAGCUCUCAAACUCGUCAUCUAGGCGGCGGACAACCGAUAUGGAUCAAGCCUCUGAGUACAUGCCGCGAUCCUCGAGACCCCGGCAUGAGCGUCCCCAUAUCGUCACGGCACCUUCCCCGCCGCCCAUUCUACCUUCAGCGCAGCCUGAAUACGAACCACGGGCACCGAGACCAGCCCGCAAGGCCCGUCCUCCAACUUCCGAACGCAGACAACGUCCAACUUAUCAUGACUAUGUACCACAAGCUGUGAACCCGCCAGAAGAUUUGAACCCACCCGAUCAUGCUGUCCGAUGCUCUGCCCCCAAAUCCACGCGUAAAACGACCCACCGUCACCGCAUACCUCGGACCUCAAAGCCAGACUAUGCUGCCCAGCAACCAGUUUUCGAGCCUGCCAGCAGAUCAGCCGGCCACGAUUACGUUACAAGCAGUGGCCACAAUGUACAGCGAGCAUCAAAGCCAGACUACAUUCCACACUCUCUAUCGAGUGAAUCCGACUAUAUAUCGUCUCACCCAUACGACUCUAGCUCCCACUACGACCCUCCUGCCAAACAUACUCGUCAGCCAAGCUAUGAUUCCUCCACAUUCAGCUCGUUCUCCACCCCAGUCCAGCACUCUCGCCCUGCACCGAACCCGUCUCAAUCUUUCUCUCCACAAACAACUGGAUCCCUAGCAACCUAUGGAGGCGCCAAAGUCUCGACACAUGAUGACUACCUCUCCACACACGAAGACUACGCCUCGAAACAUGAUGACUACGUCUUGACACAUGACGACUACGUGUCGGCACACGACGACUACGAUCCAGCCUACGACUCAGCCUACGACAAUUCCAACCACAAACUUCUCCAGGAAGACAACUGGGACCACAAACCCGACAUGAUACGCUCACACAGCCUCAGAGACUACGAACCAGAAUCCUUCAACGCCGCAACCAACACCCUCGAUGGAUUCCGCCGCGUCGAUGCACAAUGUGCCAGAUCAGCGCGAGACGAGAUGAGCAGACGCAGUCCAAGUGAAGCAGACGACUACCCAUACUACAACUACAACUCCACCAUGGCUCCCUACCACGCCACCACAGCCCCCCACCACGCCAAAGUCGCAGACGAAAACUCCGACCUAUCUUCCCACGACGACUCGGACCGCAUCUCCCGCCACUCAGACCGCAUCUCGCGCUCGGCCUCCGCCCACUCAGACGUGUGCUCCGAGCGCUCAGAAGAGACGAACAGCGACUACGCGGACGAGCAAUCCGUUUCGCAGGACGACGAUGUGGUGUCGCAGAGCGCCGGAGACGAUAGCGACUACAUGUCUGCGCCCGAGGACCAGGAUGUUAUCUCCGUGGCGGGCGGCAGCGAUGUGGGCGCUGUGGGCGAUAUGCGGGACGUCAUGGAUGAUGGGUUUACCGGGGGUGGCGCGAGUCUUGGGGCUGCAUAUGUGGAUGAUGGGGUCCCGCUGCAUGGGCAUGUGGAUGUGCGGGGUGGUGGGUAUGCUGGUGGCGGAUUCGCUGAUGAUGGAUUCGCCCGCGCUUCCAAUGCGGAUGUCUAUGUUGACGAUGGGAGUACGGACGGUUCUACUGAUGAUUCUUCGGACGUUGGAAACGACGCUGAUGAUGAUUACGAUUAUUAUGAUGACGACGAUUAGUUCUUAAGGAGGUUCAAUGCGAGACUAUGUUUCUUCUCCCUUCACGACCUUUUCGACAAGUUGGGAGUUGGGCGUUUUUCUUCUGUUCAAUUCUGGUUACACGCCUUGAGGCGCGCUUGCACGGGAGGGAGGCGAGAUGUCUGUGUAUUUCGUUCCAUUCCAACAGAGUUAUAGCUUGUAUGCACAACGAUCAAUUCAGAUUGUGAUCUUGUGCUCGAUUCCAAUCCCAAUUCAAUAAAUCU